CCCUUAUAUGAUUUUUGAGUUAGUUGUCAUGUCAAAACAAACUCCACAAACACAUAACACUGUUGCCCACAACACAUAAAAUACCCCCAAAAAAAACAUAAAAAUACAUAACAUAAACACAAAAACAAACACAAAAAUAAAUACUAAAAUAAACAAAAAAAAACUUAAAAAAAUAAUAAACAAUAAAAAUACACAAAAAUACUCACAAUGGCUGAAGAACCCAUCUCCACGGAGGAAGUUUUGAAAGUCGAAGGCACUGAAAAAAACGCUGAUCAACCAAAGGCGGAAAUGGCAUCCGCAGGUACUCCAACUGAGCAAGAAAAGGUUCCCGAGCAAGAAAAGACACCGAAACCGGAAGAGAUACCGAAAGCGGAAGAAGUACAGAAACAGGAAGAGUUACCAAAAACGGAAGAGAAAUCGAAACCGGAAGAAAUACCGAAACCGGAAGAAGUACCGAAACCGGAAGAGACACCAAAAGUGGAAAAAAUACCGAAACCGGAAGACACACCGAAGCCCGCAGAAACCCCAAAACAGGAAGAGAUUUCCAAACCGGAGAAGCAGGAAACCCAACCUGAGCCAGGUGAACCCACUGUUCAGGAGGAACCCGGCGAAAAAACCUUGUCCGAUCCAAAUCAGGAAUUCAAGGAGGAGGGAACCGAAAACAUCGAAGCAGCUGAUCAGGAAGUGGAGGCCACCACUGAGCUUUCGCUCGAGGAAAACAAGGCAAGGCUGAAAAAGGAGCGAAAGGAGCGCCUGAAAAUGCUGGCCAGCAAUCGGUUUACGCUCUCGGAUCCCCGGCAAAUGGCAGUUAGUUUCAUCGAAGAACACGUCGAUGAGAGCAAAGAUAUUGGGGAGGAAGAGGAGGAGGAGCUUGUCGAGGAUCCGAACGAUAUCCUGGUGAAUUUCGAUGAGCCCGUCGAUGGUGAAUCCAAAUCGUCUGAGAGUUCCGAUGAUGACGAAUUCCUCCAAAACUUUCAGGCACCCAAAAUGGUGAGCCUGUUUCCACCCGGCUUUUCCAUCGCACCUAUCGAUAGAACUUUGUUCUUUAAAGAUCCAAAGUAUGAUAAUGAUGAUGAUGAUGAUGAGGCCAGGACGAGUAUGUCUUCCGUUAGCAUUGUAUCGAAGAGAUCCUUGAAACCCGCCGAUCCCGAUUCCGUCCAGUUGAAGGGUAACUUUCUGAGGGACUUCGACAUACCCAGUCUGUCGGACAUAUCGGAGGAGCACGAGCUGACUGCCAAAUUAAGCCGAACCAAAUCCACGACAAGUGCUCUUUCGGGUCACUUCGUGGACUCCGUUGAGAUAAACUCCGCUUCCAGUUCCAGUUUGGAGUCGGAAGCCUCAGCGGCCUCUGACGACGAGCAGCAGGACGAUGUGGCACUUAUGGAAAGUCGGGACGGCUCCUCCAAUAUCUCCGAUAUACCAGACUUCGCGGAACUUCCGCCGGCGGCUGUCCAGAAAACAAGGACGGUUACUUUGGAGGAUUUUGACAAUAUGCAAGUGAUAGACUUCUCGGUGGCAAUUGACGAAAAGGAUUCAACCGACACUCAUGCUCUCGAGCUUAGCAAAGCGGUCGAGGAACUACUACGCGAUCUUAUCGAGGAGACGGCCAAUAAGUCGGAUUUUCACAACGAGGAGAACGUCUUACGGGAAAAGCUCGACAAGACGAAGCUCAUCAACGAGCUGCAAGCCAUCACCGAAAAUUACAUGUAUGAGAAGUACACCAACGAACUAGUUGGCAGUCGACUUGUCGAGUAUUUCAAACGCAAUCGCAACACCCGCGUCUUUCAACCGCUCUCCAAGGAAAUGGAAAAACGAUAUUACGGCCGCUAUAUGAAUGCUCUAUUCCACCUGGACAGUGUAAAGAAUCGAAUGAAUGAGUCCAAGCACAAGCACGCCCUCCAGAUGAACCACGUCUUCAUGAAUCUGCACUCCGCCCAGAGCGUCGUCAGUUUCACCGAGAAUCGCCUGGAGCACCUGAUGAGGACGAAACUCAUCCGGCCGGACUCCGAGUUCAUGAAACGCCAAGUCGAACGGGAGAUCAAGCUAAUGACUGCCAAGCGGAACGAGAUCAGCGACACCAGACUGUUUCUCAUCACCAGGAAACACGCUUUGGCCAGCAUUUUAAAUAAAAUCACAGCUCUCGAAACCGUGAGUGACACCUUAUGCAUCAGGGAUUUUAUAGCCGUGCAAAAUGAAGUUCAUGCCCUGCAGAAGAAAAUUGAAGAACGAAGUAAUGACCUGAAAAACCGCGCCAAGUACCUCACCGAUAUCCAUCUAAUUCGGCACCAGCGGGAGAAAGCCCUUGGCUUGGGGGAAAAGUUUGAGAUCCAGAAGAAGGUUCUGCAGAAAGCCGUCGAUCAGCAGCGCUUCCUGCGAAAAAGACUCUACGAGGUGAAGCUGGAGCGCACCAGGAUGCGUCAGCAGUACAGGGAUCUCGCCUUCCAGGGCGGCAUCCUGUCGAUGCCAUCCCUGAUGUACGACUACGACCACACCGUGGAGAAGGUUAAGGAGAAACAGGAGGCCGUUUCCAAGCUCAGGGAGACCAUGAAGGCGCUCCAACGUCGCGUCAGCGUAUUGGAAGGCAGAAGCAUUUAGAAAGCGCCCAAACACAGAACUUCAACACAAAAGUACCCUGUGUAUUAUAAUAAACGUGAAUUUCAAUAAUUCAACUUAAACUUAAA